GUUUGUAAUCUUUCUCCUUUAUUCGCUUUUAUUACUAAAUUCCUACACUUAAUGCCGCAUCUAGUUUCCAAUCAAGGCGCCUGGAUGGUUCAUUCUAAGUGGAUUUCUGUUGUAAAUUCCUAACGGUGAUUUGUGUCAUCACACAUAACGUCGCUAUCGACGAGCUGGCUCGUAAUUGGUCAAUUCUCUUGUCACCGUGGGCGUUCCUUGAGGUCCUGUCUAACAAAACACUCCAGUGAAAGGCCCCGCAAACCGAGGGCACAACUUCAAAUCUCCGAAAUCUUGAACCAUGAAGAGGAUAUCUUGCAGUGUAUUAAUAAUUCUUCUAAUUCAGCAAAUUUGUGCAACGACACACAAGAAAUAUGCAAAAGGUCGCACGCUGUUACCUAGAGGUAUCUCCAGCAACAAUGGUCGCAUUGAGUUUGAGAUGACAAUCGUAGAGCGAGUGAAUCGCCUCGGAAAACGCCAUUCGCCUCACAAACAUUUUGUAAAAUACGAAUACAACGGAUGGGGGAUGGCCACAGUUUAUUACAGACUUGCCGCGUUUGGUCAAAUUUUUCGAUUCCGAUUGGAGCGCGACGCGAGCUUUUUAUCGCCUGCACUUAAUGUAGAGCAUAUUUACGGAGAUUUUAGGAGACUUCCAUUCUCUGGGAAUUUGCAGCACUGUUUUUAUCGUGGGGAAAUUCAGGGAGAGCCAAAUUCUACUGCCGUGUUUAAUUUGUGCAACGGACUUCAUGGUUCGUUCGUCUCAAGUGGCCAACGCUAUUUAAUCGAACCUGCUGAAGAACGGAACACAAAGAUACACGCGCAUCUCAGGAAAUUCCAUAUCGUAUUUCGUCAUUCUGCUCUUGAAGACGAUGUUAGCAAUGCUCCGUCGACAUGUGGACUUGUGGAUACCAACAAACCUCUCCCGCAUUUACGUGGGCAGCCGCAACGACCCAUCAAUGAAAGCUAUACGAGGAGAAGACGUAAAAGAAGCCUCGGUGAGAGCUUCGUUGAAACGUUAGUGGUUGCUGAUAAAACUAUGGUUGACGCUUUUGAUAGCAAAGCCGAUUUGGAAAGCUAUAUCAUUACUCUGAUGGGUGUGGUGGCUCAAAUUUAUCGCGACAGAAGUAUUGGCUGCGCUAUAAACAUUGUUGUGGUGAAAAUAGCCUACCUGGACACUAAGAACCCUGGUUUCCAUAUUUCGUCAGACGCAACGCGAACUCUGAAAAGUUUCUGCCGCUGGCAGAAGAAACAUAUGAUGUCAGAAGAGAGUCAGUCUCACCGCCACGAUACCGCCAUCUUGUUAACAAGGAGAGAUAUCUGCAGAUCGCCCGGAAAGUGUGACACAUUAGGUCUUGCAGAGCUUGGAACCAUGUGCCAAUCAUCAAGGAGUUGCUCCUUGGCAGAGGACAAUGGACUAAGCACAGCUUAUACAAUAGCACACGAACUGGGUCACGUAUUUAGUCUUCCUCAUGAUGGAGAUAACAACCUAUGUACACGGAGCAGGGGAGAUCAACAUCUGAUGGCCCCCUCAUUAAGCUUUGACUCCAAACCUUGGUCUUGGUCAAGCUGCAGCCGAGAAAAGAUCACAAGGUUCUUGGAACUAGGGUAUGGAUCUUGCCUAGAAAAUAAGCCUAGUGAAAAAAAUCAAUCGAAGUAUCAUGGCGCUCUGCCGGGAGAAAUUUACAGCGUGGACAAACAAUGCCAAAUGAUAUUUGGAGAGGAAUCCAGGCUGUGUCCAUAUAUGGAACCUUGCAGACGCCUGUGGUGUGUCAAGAUGAUCGGGAAAAGAAAAGGCUGCUCCACUCAUCACAUGCCAUGGGCAGAUGGAACGCCGUGCGCAAAAAGGAAGUGGUGCAUCAAAGGUCAGUGUGUGAGGAAACGAAAAUUAAAACCAGUAGACGGUGGCUGGGGACCAUGGGGUUCUUUCAAUGAAUGCACAAGAAAAUGUGGAGGAGGGAUUUCUUUCGCAUACAGAAAGUGUAACAAACCAAUCCCAGAAAAUGGAGGUAAAUACUGCGUUGGAAAACGAAAACGUUUUGUGUCAUGCAACACUCAGGAAUGUCCACCAGGGUCACUAGAUUUCCGAGCCUUGCAAUGUGUGAAUACGCAUGGGCGACGUCUGAGUAUUGGGUCGAGGAGUUUCAGACCGACUCGGUGGCUGCCAAAAUAUGCUGGAAUUCGCAAAGAAAAUCAAUGUAAGCUGUACUGCCGCAUGGCUGGCACUGCAAUUUAUUUCAAACUGAAGGACAAAGUUAUUGAUGGGACCCCUUGUAAUCAAGAGACCACAGACAUCUGCGUGGAGGGCAAAUGUUUGGCUGCUGGUUGUGACAGAGAUCUGAGCUCAAAGAAAAAAUUUGAUAAAUGUGGAGUGUGCGGAGGAGACAAUUCCUCUUGCAGGAGAUUGUCCAGGACAUUCAACGAGACAAGGUUUGGAUACAAUUACAUAUUUACGAUACCUGUUGCCUCGACGGACAUAGUCAUCACUCAGUAUGGUUGGAAAAAUAAAGAGGAUUCUAGCUAUCUAGCACUUCAGGAUCAAAAUGAUAAGUUCCUUCUCAACGGAGGAAUGAUUGUGGGGGUCGGAAUAAGAGAAUUCCGUGUCCCUGGCGCGAAGGUCUGGUACUCAGGUUCUGAAAAAGCGACGGAACAAAUAAAGAUUUCAGGAAAAGUUACUGAACCAAUCAAAGUGCACGUUCUUGAAGUUGGUGACGUAUUACCUCCCAACAUCCACUACUCAUUCAAUCAAAAGAUAUCGGAACCAAGAAAGCUUGUAUACAUGUGGAGCCAGCUUGGACCUUGGACGCAGUGUAAUAAACUAUGCCGAGGAAAAAGAAACCGCCAACCCAGAUGUGUUCGUGCUAUUGACAAACAACAAGUGUCAAAUUCCCGCUGUGAUCAGAGGACUCGUCCGAGCAGUGUAUCAGAGCCCUGCAAUUUAAGUUGCGUACUCGAAUGGAAAAUACAGAGCUCAGGAGAGUGCUCUGCACGCUGUGGGGCUGGGAACCAGACACGUAUCGUACGGUGCAUGCGUAUUAGCAGUGACCGCUGGGAUAUUGUGAAGGACAAACAUUGUGCAAAAGGUUCAAAGCCUGCCGUGGUUGUUCAGUGCGAAGGAAAGUGCGAGGGAACCAAGUGGGUCUACUCUGAGUGGUCCAAGUGCUCAAAGAGUUGUGGUAGAGGAAGACAAAACAGAACGGCAGAAUGUAUAGACAAUUUUGGAGAAAAACUUGAGGAUCGAGAUUGUCGCCCAAGUGACAAACUUUCACUUAAUAGACACUGCAAUACUUUUAAGUGCCCGUGGUGGACAAAGGGAAACUGGACCUCGUGUAGUGUGACCUGUGGCUCGGGACAGCGCACCCGUCAUGUGACAUGUACUGGUGAAAAAGGAACUGUUAUGGACACAGCCUGUAAUCCGAGUCAGCGGCCAGUCUCGACAAAGUCAUGUGACCUCAAAAAGUGUCCGUACUGGUUUGCGGGGAAAUGGACGGACUGCUCUAAGACGUGUGACGCGGGUUUUAUGACCCGGCGCGUCCUUUGUCAGUCGGGGGAACCCGUCCCUCGAGUGUUGGAUGACAUCCAGUGCUCCCCCCUGGCCAGACCAAUCUCCCGCAAAGAGUGUAAAAGGGAAGACUGCAGAACGAUGCUGUUCAUGUUUCCAGAUUCAGGCGAAAACACGAAGUAUUAUUGGAGAUAUUCGUUAUGGACGCCGUGUUCUGCGACGUGCGGAGAGAAGCCUGGGACACGCUAUCGUGAUGUUGAAUGCGUGAAGGUGAAGCCUGGGUACGAGACUGCUGUAGAAAAGCAGGAGUUGGUCAAUAAGAAGUAUUGCGAAGAAAAAAAGAAACCCGCUAACAGAGAAGAAUGCAAAGUCCUACCGUGCACAAGCUGGAAACACGGGUCCUGGGGCAGAUGCUCUCAGCCUUGUGGCUGGGGUUUUCAGCUUCGUGUAGUCAAGUGCACAUAUGACAACUGGAAAAUAACAGAAGACGAAAAUUGCGAUCAAAAAAUCCGACCAAAGAACAGGAGAGAUUGUCAGAUCAACCCGUGUAAAUCAACUACGCCACCUCCGACGACUCCGCAAGAAAAACCGAGUUGGAAGGAAGGAACGUGGAGCGAGUGUUCUGUCACGUGUGGUCAAGGUGAAAGACAUCGGGAAAUCAGCUGUGGUUAUGACAAUGGUCAUAUCAGCAGCGACUGCGAUCCUAACUCCAAACCAGCCAGCGUUAUGGAAUGCGUUUUACGAGCAUGCCCCGUAUGGCACGAAGAACCAUGGAGUGAGUGUUCAGUCUCCUGCGGUGAAGGCACCAGACGACGAGGUGUUGACUGUAGAUUCGCAAAUGGCCAGUUAAGCCUCGGAUGUGACAAGAAAAAGAGACCUGCGAUUAAAGAGGCCUGCAACAUAAGACCGUGUCCUACAUGGAUGACAGGGGACUGGGGCAGUUGUUCAGUAACUUGUGGGGCAGGAACUAAAGCUCGUUCCGUGGAGUGCAGUGACAGAGAUAUCAAAUGUGAUCCCGGGACAAAACCCGAAACCAUUAGCAAUUGUGAUCUAAAAGAGUGUCCGCAAUGGAUAACAAGCCCAUGGGAAGAGUGUUCCGUUUCUUGCGGACAAGGCAUAAGAAAACGUCAAGUUGAUUGCAAAUCUGCGGAUGGACAACGGAGUCUUGGAUGUGAUCUGAAAAUCAAACCUGCAGUCAAAGAGGGCUGCAACAUUAGACCGUGUCCCUCGUGGAUGACUGGGGCCUGGGGCAAAUGUUCAGUGACUUGUGGUUCAGGAGUAAAGGUACGCACAGUUGAAUGCAGUGAUAAAGAUGUACCAUGCGAUGCUGAAACAAAACCGCUGGCCAAGGAGCGCUGUGUUCUUAGGGAAUGUCCACAGUGGAUCACAAGCCCCUGGGAAGAGUGCUCAGUCUCCUGCGGUGAAGGCACAAGGCAACGCAGUGUUGAGUGUAGACUGAAGACUGGACAAUUGAGUCCCGGAUGUGAUGAGAGAGCCAGACCAUCUGCCAAAGAGGCCUGCAACAUUAGGCCAUGCCCUACAUGGAUGACGGGAGAAUGGGGCAAAUGUUCAGUAACUUGUGGCUCUGGAGUGAAUUUUCGCUCAGUCGAAUGCAGUGACGAAGACAUACAAUGUGAUAUCAGAACGAAACCACGGAACACACAACGCUGUGAUCUUCGGGCGUGUCCACGAUGGAUCUCUGGUCGAUGGGGGCAGUGCUCAGUAACUUGUGGAUCAGGGACCAAAAUGCGUUCAGUGGAAUGCAGCGAUAAAGAUAUCAGCUGUGAUUCUGAAACGAAGCCGUUGACGACUGAGCGAUGCGAUCUUAAAGCUUGUCCGCGGUGGAAUGCAGGGCUCUGGGGAGAGUGUUCAGUCUCCUGCGGAAAUGGUACAAGGCUGAGAACUGUGGAUUGUAGAUUACCAAAUGGUCGCUUAAGUCCCGGAUGUGACAAGGAAAAUCAACCCUCAGCCAAAGAGGCAUGUAACAUCAGACCGUGUCCUACAUGGAUGACAGGAGAAUGGGGCCGAUGCUCUGUGACAUGUGGCUUAGGAGUGAAGACUCGCUCAGUGGAAUGCAGUGACAUAGACAUACCAUGCGAUGUUUUAACGAAACCAGACACUUCAAAGAGAUGUGAUCUUGCUAAAUGUCCACAAUGGGAGGCGGGUCCAUGGGGAGAGUGCUCAGUGACGUGCGGCUCAGGAGUUAAAAGUCGGAACGUGGCUUGCGUUGGAAUCAGUUCCAAUUGUAAUACAAGAACCAAACCACGCUCUACCUUGAGGUGUAACAACUUCCCUUGUCCGAAAUGGAGAACAGGGUUGUGGAGUAAGUGCUCAAAGUCUUGUGGGAAGGGAACUAAGACACGCAAAGUGGAUUGUGUCGGAGGCCUGGACCAUCAAUGUGAUCCCACGAGCAAACCGGCUUCAACGGCCGAAUGUGAUCAUGGGCGCUGCUCAAAAUGGAGUGUUGGAGAAUGGCAAAAGUGCUCUGUGACUUGUGGCCGAGGCUGGCAAUUUCGUAAAGUGGUAUGUGUUGGAAGCAGUAUACGGUCAUGUGACUAUAGAAACCAGCCAGAUAUUUACGCCCAAUGCAACAUGGGGCCGUGUCCUGUAUGGCAGGCGGGAGACUGGGAAACGUGUUCAGUUUCCUGCGGAAAUGGUGAAAAAAGACGUACAGUUACAUGUAGUGGAGGGGCAGGGAAUUGUAACGCAAGAAACAAACCGCUUGCCAUAACCAGCUGUAAUCUUGGUGCUUGUCCUGUUUGGAGAUUUGAUGCAUGGAGUCGGUGCUCGGUGUCCUGCGGAACUGGGAGAAGGAAGCGCAUUGUUUACUGCAGUGGAGGAAGAAACAAAUGUGACAAGGGAAGCAAACCAGAGGCGAUAACGUCCUGUAACCUUAGCAAGUGUCCUGAGUGGAAAGUCGGCGACUGGAACCAGUGUUCAGUGUCUUGCGGAACUGGAAUAAAAGAACGUUCAGUUGAAUGCAGUGGAGGAAGAGGCAAGUGUGAUGCAAGAAUUGAACCCGAAGCCAAGACGAGCUGCAACCUUGGCACCUGUCCUGAAUGGAAAUUUGGUCCGUGGAGCAAGUGUUCGGUGUCAUGUGGAAAUGGCAAAAUAGAGCGCACUGUUGAGUGUUCAGGAGGAAGAAACAAUUGUGACGUUGAAACUAAACCACGGGCCAUAGCCAGCUGUAAUCUUGGCUCCUGUCCUGUGUGGAUCACUGGCGAGUGGACCCAGUGCUCUGUCACCUGUGGAGAUGGCAACAGAAGGCGAUCCGUGUCAUGUAGUGGAGGAUUAAGUAAGUGCAACCCUAAGAACAAACCAGAAGCUGUUUCUCAUUGUAACCUUGGAGCUUGCCCUGAAUGGAGAACGAGCCAAUGGAGUAAGUGUUCAGUUACUUGUGGGAGUGGCUUUAAACAGCGCACGGUCCAAUGCAGCAGAUUGGAUGUAACUUGUGAUCCAAGCAAGAAACCAAUAACAACGAUGGACUGUGAUCUUGCUGAAUGUCCAAAAUGGCGGACAGGCCAAUGGAGUGGGUGUUCCGUCACCUGUGGAGAUGGGAACAAAAAGCGUUCCGUGUCAUGCAGUGGAGGAAGGAAUAAAUGUGAUUCCAGCAGCAAACCGGAAGCUGUUUCUCGUUGUAACCUUGGAGCUUGUCCUGAAUGGUUAGCAGCUGAAUGGAGCCAGUGCUCAGUUUCUUGUGGAAGCGGUUUCAUACGGCGUAUGGUUAAAUGCAGCAGAUCGGACGUCGCAUGUGAAUCAAGAAAGAAACCACCAACAACAGAGAGAUGCAUUCUAGAUGAAUGUCCUAAAUGGCAGACGGGGGACUGGGGUCAGUGUUCAGUAACUUGUGGCGAAGGACGUAAACAGCGCAAUGUCAGGUGUAGUGCAGGACUAAACAAAUGCAAUCCUAGAACCAGACCACAGACCUCUAUCAGUUGCAACCCUGGUGUUUGUCCAGAAUGGAGAGUGGCGGAAUGGUCACAGUGUUCGUCCUCUUGUGGCGAGGGAUUCAAAGAGCGGGUGGUCGAAUGUGAUGGGGGACCAAAUACUUGCGACCCUAGGGCCAAACCGACAAACAGAGCCCGUUGUAACUUGGGACAGUGCCCACACUGGAAAACAGGAGAAUGGUCUAAGUGUUCGGUGACUUGUGAAAACGGAUAUAAACAAAGACUGGUAGAAUGCCUCAGCGGAGUGAAGGCGACUUGUGACGAAAGAACCAAACCAGAGUCGAUAAUUCCUUGUAAGCUUGGGCCCUGUCCAAGAUGGAACACCGGAAGAUGGACACCGUGUUCUCGCACAUGUGGGGAAGGAAUAAGGCUACGAUAUGUAGGCUGUUUUUCUAUAAAAUACUCCCGUGUAUUGAACGACGAGUCUGCGUGUGACAUGACUUUGAGGCCUCCUUCAGCCGAAGCCUGCAAGAUCAGAGAAUGCGCUGAUUGGCAUACGGGAGACUGGGGGGAGUGUUCUCGCAAAUGUGGUAACGGAAUCAGGAAAAGAAACGUUGAAUGUAAAUCAACGGAACAACAGCGCACACUUGAGGACUCUGCUUGUGCAUUUAAGCCGAAGCCUUUCGUCCAAGAAGACUGCAAACUGAGGGAAUGUCACCCGGAUGCCAAAUGGCGUAAAAGCACUUGGGGCAAGUGCUCAGUCUACUGUGGAAUCGGUGAAAAAACACGUGAUGUGUGGUGUGGUACUAAAAACGGGGAAAAAAUCGCAGAGGAGUUAUGCGCGGACGAACAUAAACCUCGAACACGCAGAUCUUGUAACAAGCGACGACGCUGCGGUGAAUGGGAGAGUGGAAUGUGGAGCGAGUGUUCAAAAACGUGCGGAGAGGGUAUAAGAACACGUUACAUCAGAUGUCAUCACCAGCUGGAGUACAAAGGAAACAUGUUCUGUGAUGAAGAGAGGCGGCCAACAGAAAAACAGCCUUGUAACAAAGGGGCAUGUCUUCCUACGUUGUACCGCUGGCAGAUUUCCGGUUGGAGUCGGUGUUCUACUUCGUGUGGGUACGGGAAAAAGUAUCGUAAUACUUGGUGCGUUGACUUAGCGGGAAGGCAAGUUAGUAGUGAACGAUGCAGUGCCGCAGAAAAACCUGAAACUGUUUCCUACUGCUUCGAAACGAACUGUCCACCCGAAUGGAAAGCCGGAGAUUGGUCGGAGUGCUCCCAAACGUGUGGACGCGGUCACCAGACCAGAAAAGUGGGCUGUGUUGCAAAAUAUGGUAGAACCCAGUCCUUAGAUAUGCAAUGUGACGCACAGAAAAGACCUGUUUCAUGGCGAUCUUGUAAUUUGGGACGUUGUAACUCUCGGUUCUGGAGUGUGGGACCGUGGCAUAACUGCAACGUCAGUUGUGGCCGCGGUAACACGAGCAGAACUGUUAUUUGUUUGUCAAGAGACGGAUCUCCAGUCAGGGAUUCAAAUUGUUUAUCGCCUACAACACCCAAACCAGAAACCACUCGGUCAUGUUCUAUGAAAGCUUGUCCACCAGCGAGCUGUAAGGAUCUUCAGUUAAAUGCUGGAUUACAAGUGGAUGGUGAACAAACUUUGACUGUCCAAGGAAAGGAACUUCAAGUGUAUUGCCAUGCAAUGAUGUCAAAAGAACCUAAAGAGUAUAUUACACUUAAAACAGGACAUUCUGAUAACUUCGCUGAAAUCUAUCCAAAAAGGUUACGUGAUCCUAGGAAGUGUCCAGCAAAUGGCUCUCAUAUUGAUGCCUGCGACUGUGAAGAUGAAGAUUUUAAACUGUCUGGAGGUUCCUACUUCUACAAGCUUAGAGUAGACUUGUCUGCCAUGAAGAUUAUAUCGGAAGACAAGCAAUUUGCAGUAAAAAGAGGUUUAAAUCCACCGUCGUAUGGCACAGCAGGAGACUGUUAUAGCGCUCAAGGAAAUUGUCCACAGGGUCGUUUUAGUAUUAAUUUAAAAGGCACUGGUAUUAGAUUGACUUCUAAAGUGAUGUGGGGUUCAACUGGCCAGGCUUACUCGCAAAUUAUAUACAGAUACCGGGAAGCUGAAGGACUUCGUGUUCGAGGUAAAUGCGGCGGGCGCUGUGGAACUUGUAGCCAUGAAGAGUAUGGAGGGUUAACGAUAGAAUUGUCCGAAGAUGGAGAUGGAGGUUGAAAAUCAGUUCUAGGUCUUAGAAAUUUGUUUCAUUGGAUGUAAAUAUUUCCAAGCAUAGGAGUUUUAAAUUGCAGUUCUUCAAAUGCUCAUUUAACAUAUCAAUUUAUUUCAAAAUUCGACUACUCACAGCGGCCUUUGAGUGUCAAGAUUUUAUUGAUGUCGGGAAAAUAUGAUUUUAAUGAAUGUCCCAUUUCCAACUUUGUCACGUUACCUGAAAUCCGUGACGCAUAAUAGAGGGCCAUUCUCAAAGAUUUAUGCGUGACAUCUGGAUAUCACGCAAGCUUGAAUAGUACGUUUAAGAAUUCGUUAACAGCAGGCUUGAGAGUAACCUUUUUGAGAGAGCUAUUUAGGAAGAUGUAUAAACUAUUUGAAUAUAACAUUUAAGCGUUUUAGAUAGGGUUUUGUGAGAAUAGAUAUUUUCACUAUAUAUAUUAAAUUAUUUUCUUACUUGGCAGAUAACUUUAAAUUUCGAAAAAACGUUUAAUCCCUAUUGUGCUUGAAAAAUAGUUUUAAGAGCGGAGAUUCUUUUAUUCUUUGAUAAAGAAAGAAAUCCAAACACUGCUUCUCAAAAUAGAAUUUAAACAUUACAGCUCUCUUAAGCUCCAAAGAUCUUCUUUCGGUGAAGAGAUUCAGUAUAAUUAAAUUAUUAAUUCCAGUCCUAUAUUUUUUUUUUUUGGAAAAUCAAUUACAUUUUAAUCGAUUGGCAGACCGUUGUGGAUGAUAAAUAUAUAUUCGGAAAUCGGAUGCCUCUACGUCGAAACUCAGAUAUUGCAGGCGACAAAGUAUGUUUGGUUUAUUUAAAAGAUUUCCUCUUCCACUAACGACAGACGCGGCGAGUAUCUAUUUCUUGCAGGAAAAGAAACAUUUUUAAAUAGAUACAAUUAGCAGAUUUGUCGUUAUGGUGAAAUCAGAUGAAUGUCAGUCACGUCAGUAUCUUAGCAACUACACACCUAUCCCUGGGUUAGGGGUUGUUUUGUUUUGUUUUGUUUUUUUGAGGGAACGGGGGGGCUGGGUGCGCAGUGCCCGGAUACUGACAUUUAUAUCGGAUCAUAAUUAAGUAAAAUUUACGAAAUUCUACUUCUUUAGUAUAAAAGGGCUCUGUCAGCUUGGAAAAUUAAUUCGUGUAUUUCAUUAAGACAAACUUUACCAGGUUACCUCAUCUUCAGUUCUAUAGUUUGUUUUAUUUUGUAAAAUUAUUUGGCACUUACAUGAUCCAUAUAAAGUAAUGUAAAUUUUUUAGCAUCGGAGCCAAUAAUAGUUUUUCGAGGUAUGUUCAUAGUUAAUAAUAAGAGCAUGAGCCGUUUAGAUUUUAUUUUUCCACUGAAAUAUCGCAGAAGUUGUACAGAUUUCAACUUAAAAGCUUAUGAGCAGCAUUUAAAAAUUCUAUAUUUAUUAAAGAGCAGAUAAAGCAAAUUUUUAUUUUUUCGAAAAUUGAAUUAACUUUUAAGCAACUUGAUCAUAUUAACGCAAUCUACUUUAAAUAGUGAGCAAUGAUAGGAAAUAACAAAUUUAGAUAAAUAUGUUUCAACGUAGCUUCUUCGUUUGUCACGCAAUGAUGUUGACAUGCACGUUCGAUCAUUGCGUGACAAGCAUGGCAACGGUACGGUUUUUGGAAGAAACGCACGCGUUGUCACACAACCAAACACAAAAAGACAAAAGACAAAAAUGUAGAGAUUUAUAUAUAGUUGAAGUUUAUUUAUUUUAACUAGCUUGCCCCGUUCAAGCGGCUGCUAGUAUGCCUGUACAGAUUUUAAAGAUACCACUUAUGAAAAUAAAUAUGACAAUAAA